AUGACGACCAUGUCAUCUCAGUUCAACCCCCAAACCCCGAGUUACACCCCACCCAUGCCAUCUCAGUACACCAGCCGGAUUCCCAUUUAUCAAGCACCCACGUACCCUGAUGGUACCCCCAGAUGCAGAUGCCCCGGUUACCACAUCUUGGACGAAUGUCCUUUAUCCCGCCCAGCCGGGAUAGCAUUGAACAGUGGACUUAGGUGGCGUGCACCUCACACUACAGGAAAUCAGAACGAGUCGAGCCUGGUCGAACAUGAAGAGUACAAAGACCGCCUCAAUAGAUUGAUGGAGACACCAGUACCCGCGAUCGCAAAGUUCGAUACAUCGCAUUUGCGGCGAACGCAUGAAAUCCUCAUGGCCAUGGCCGAAAGCACCCACCAGUUGGCAGCCACGGCGUCGAAAGGGAACGAGAUGGGAAAGCUGUCGUGGAGAGACAAACGGCCUGGAAAUCAGACAGAUGGUGUCGGCGCCAGUGCCGAUGUUUCGGAAAAGCCAGAGUCGAGCGCGCAGAAUGCUGGUGGCCAAACGGAGGAGUCCAACGAUCCCAAACUCGAAGAAAGGUUCCUGGCUAAGCAGGUCGACAUGAUGCAGGCCGUCCUCAAUUGCUGCGACUUGCUUCUAGAAGCUGCAGGCGGAGCUGCGGCCAAAGGGGACAAACCAGAACCGUUUAAUACGACCUCGGGGCCUAGCGACCCUUCUACUCGGGAUAACAUACGGAGGGAGUGGCUGCAAGUUCUUAUUCGGAUUGUCGUGUUCAACCCGAAAUACCGAAAAAGUGUGAAAGAACUGGGAAAGGCACAGCGAGACAUGAGCCAAGAAUUGAGGAAGCUCCAAGCCAAACUGCCCUCUAUACCAGACAGUCAAGAUGUCGAGGACUCAGCGUUGGAUCAUGAAUGGUCCUGGGUUGAUGUUGAAGAAGUAUUCGUUGAUCACGAAGAACCCUGA